AUGCCGCAUGGCGCCCCGCAAUCGGCCGCCGAGGCCUUGUACCAACCGUACGACCAGUUCAUCCUCUUUGGGGAUUCGAUCACCCAAAUGUCUAGUAAUCAAGAGCUUGGAUUUGGUCUUCAGCCGGCGCUGCAAAAUGCUUACAGUCGAAAACUGGAUAUAAUCAACCGCGGGUUUGGAGGCUACACCACUGCCCAUGCUAUCAAGGUGUUCCCCAAAUUCUUCCCGACGCCGGAGAGAGAAGAUGUUCGAUUAAUGACUAUUUGGUUUGGAGCCAACGAUUCAUGUCAUCCUGGAAACAGCCAGCACGUCCCGCUGGACGUCUUCAAAGAGAAUCUGAGACAAAUUAUUCAACACCCCGCGACCCUGGCUCAGCAACCUAAAUUGAUCAUCUGCACUCCGACCCCAAUCAAUGAGCAUCAGCUGGAGAUCUUCGACUCCGAGAAAGGGAAUGAGUUUCCCAGCCGAACCAAUAGCUUUACGAGACAGUACGCCGAGGCAGCUCACGAAGUCGCCACGUCGUUUAAGAUCCCCGUUGCGGAUCUUUGGACGGCGUUCAUGACCGCUGCCGGAUGGAAAGAGGGCGAGCCUCUGAUAGGAUCAAGAGACCUUCCGAACAAUGACAAGCUCAGCAGCCUGUUCACAGAUGGGUUACAUCUGACCCCGGAUGGAUAUCGCAUUACAUAUGAUGUUAUCAUGGGAACGAUCCGACGCAAUUGGCCUGACGAGGACCCUGAGCGUCUUCCCUUUGUCUUCCCUGGCUGGAUGGAGGCGCCUAAAUAG